CUAGUUUGCCCUCUCGGUCCCGGGCUCCGGCAGCGAGGAGCUUAUCUGCCCGAGACUGCGGCUGUGAUUUUCGUCUUUCCACAGAAGAUCGGCGGUCUGCAGAGAGCUGCCCACUCUGCACCCCUGUGUGGAGGGAGAGAUUGCAAACAGUACCAGGCAUGGAGAAAGAGGGAGAUUUCGCCCUCGUUGCUCCGUAGGAAGACCAUUUCCGUGUCUCCAUCUCUGCCCUUCAAUAUUCCCCUCGUGCUGUCCUCUCUCUUCAGCCUGCCCGUCCAUCUCUCUCCAUCUGUCUGUCCAAGACUGUCCAUAUCAAGCCGCAUCCCCAGCUGCUGCAGUUUUGCUAGAACCGGGAAAGAAACUCAAGGAUGCUCACAUUUCCACUGUGGAACGAAUUCUGAGCGCCCGGGAGAGCGGGGGCAGCGCGCAAACCAAUAGCCACCUGUCUGUCUGUCCCGCCCGGGAGCCUCGCAGGCUGGAGGGCGGCUGGAGAGCGGCGGCGCCGGGCGGCGACGUGGGCGCCGUGGGCCGGGAAUCCGGCAGUGCCCACCAGCCGCUGCGCCCCGGGACCGCCAGCAUGAGCAAGCCCGCAGGAUCAACAAGCCGCAUUUUAGAUAUUCCUUGCAAAGUGUGUGGUGACCGCAGCUCCGGGAAGCACUACGGGGUCUAUGCUUGCGAUGGCUGCUCUGGAUUCUUCAAGAGGAGCAUCCGAAGGAAUAGGACCUAUGUCUGCAAGUCUGGAAACCAGGGAGGAUGCCCCGUAGACAAGACACACAGAAACCAAUGCAGGGCGUGUCGACUGAAGAAGUGUUUGGAAGUCAACAUGAACAAAGAUGCCGUGCAGCACGAGCGGGGGCCUCGGACGUCCACCAUCCGCAAACAGGUGGCCCUCUACUUCCGUGGGCACAAGGAAGACAAUGGGGCCGCUGCUCACUUCCCCUCCGCGGCGCUGCCAGCCCCCGCUUUCUUCACAGCGGUCACUCAGCUGGAGCCGCACGGUCUCGAGUUAGCUGCUGUGUCUGCCACCCCUGAACGACAGACUCUUGUGAGCCUGGCUCAGCCCACGCCCAAGUAUCCCCAUGAAGUGAAUGGGACCCCAAUGUAUCUCUAUGAAGUAGCCACUGAGUCCGUGUGUGAAUCGGCUGCCAGGCUUCUCUUCAUGAGUAUCAAGUGGGCAAAGAGUGUGCCAGCCUUUUCCACGUUGUCCUUGCAAGAUCAGCUGAUGCUUUUGGAAGAUGCGUGGAGAGAACUGUUUGUUCUAGGAAUAGCACAAUGGGCCAUUCCGGUUGAUGCUAACACUCUACUGGCUGUAUCUGGCAUGAAUAGUGACAACACAGACUCCCAGAAGCUGAACAAGAUCAUAUCUGAAAUACAGGCUUUGCAGGAGGUGGUGGCUCGGUUCAGACAGCUCCGAUUAGACGCCACCGAAUUCGCCUGUCUGAAAUGUAUUGUCACUUUCAAAGCUGUUCCUACACACAGUGGUUCUGAACUGAGAAGUUUCCGGAAUGCUGCCGCCAUCGCAGCUCUCCAGGACGAGGCUCAGCUGACUCUCAACACCUACAUUCAUACCAGAUAUCCCACACAACCCUGCCGAUUCGGGAAACUCUUGUUGCUUUUACCAGCUUUACGGUCAGUUAGCCCAUCCACCAUAGAAGAAGUGUUUUUCAAAAAAACCAUCGGCAACGUGCCGAUUACGAGACUACUUUCAGAUAUGUACAAAUCCAGCGAUAUCUAACUAAGGUCUCCAGCACCCACUCUCCAAGACGGAGCAGUAUCCGAUGGACGUCUACCAUGCAGGACAAGCCUCAAAUAACAAGACUUUCUGGAAGGAGAAACCUGGGAGGGAGUGGCCUUCAGGAAAAAAAAAAUGCCAGUGGACUCAAAACAACAGCUAUGACCUGCUGCUUCCCUGAAACAGGACAGCUGGAAAGGCCAGGUGGUUACAACAGUUACUGUUGACAUGCCCUGGGAUGGGGUGAGCUGGGGUCACCACUACAGGCCCAGCCAGGCAUUCUGCCUCUGACCUGGAAGAUCCAGCUGAAUCACUCAAAGCUGAAAGACAAACCAUGCUUUCUUCUUUGUAGCACAUAAAGUCAGUUGAUCAACAGUAGCUGUUCGUGUAACAUCGUCAUAUACUGCGGCCUUCAGGACUCAUGUUGGGUUGGAACAUUUACUUAAAAAAAUAAUGCUUAGGUUUUAAAUCAAAAGUAUUAUCAAACGUUUUCCUUCUAUCAUAAUACCUUCAUUAAGUGGCCUUCAGAACCAAGAGAGUGAGCGAAACGUAGUUUAUGCUGUGUGAUUUCCUUUCCCUCCCCACACUUUCUGGUCUUUUCUUUUCUGUUUCUUUCUGCUCUUUUCUUAUAACAUAGGCCAGGCAACCUCUUCAAAGGAACUGACAACAAAGGCACUUCUCAGCAAGACUUUGGGUUGAACAGCAAGGCGAGACAGAACAGGUCUACUGAAAGAACUUCAGUCCAGGGAGGACGAGUUCCAUCAGCAAAACCAAAUGACAGAGCCAGGUGAUUGGGUGAGGUGGUCGCUGUCCCUUCAUCAGCGUGCUGAAGCCAAAAGCCAUAAGGUCAGUGAGUCACACCAGACAGUGAACAGGGUUGCGAGCCAGAAGGAACUUCAAGGAGAUGCUGAACGGAUUCCUGAACAUUCCAUUGCUAAACAGCCUGAGACUCUUGGAUGCCUUUCAGAAAACUCUGGUUUCUAAUAAAGCCUUCAAAUGCAUACAUACACCCCCCCCCCAUAUCAUCCUACACUCUUAAGCUGCUCCUUGGGUAUGAAUCUAUACUUAUGGAAAUAUAGAAACAACAGUUUUAAAUAGCUGCUGUACUUUUCACGUUUUGAUUUCUUAGGUACUAGCACCCAGGGGGGGAAAAAUUCAGCACUGGCCUAGCAUAGAAUGAGACAGACUUCUCUUGUACAAAGUGAAUUAACUGAUUUGUGAAGUUAAAAGGUUGUACUCAUUGUAUUUACAAAGAA